GCUUGGGGCUUUGCCGCCUAGAUUUGGACUGACCUAACUUGCACAUUACUGCAAGGCAAUGGGGCUUUCAGUCAAGCGGCCCUCAGCUCAGCGCGCUUGAGAACGUCUGCUCGACAGCUGAGACUUUCCGGGUUCAUGCAUCGCCAUCGCGGUGCUCGCCUCUGCGACCGGUGACGGCGCUGGUUACCCCAUCGGAGUGACCAUUGGGCGACCUCCUCGUAAGGCGGUCCUGAAGGGGCAACCCUUGGCAACCAUGGCCGAGCUCCUGCUGCGUCUCUUUCACUCGGACUACUUUUCACCUCAUCUUGCGCUUUCUUACCUCAAAAACUACUCGGAGAACAUAGGCAUCACGUAUUACUUGGUGGAACAGCUACAGGCAACAUUUAAAGCCGAAGAUGUCGAGUUCUACUGGCCACAGCUAUGUCACCUGCUCAUCACCAAGCCGUCCGAUUCACUGGCAUUGGAGAACUUCAUCCUGCAACGGUGUACAGAGAGUGUACACAUUGCGCUCGUGACACUCUGGCACUUUCAAGCCGCACGCUUUGACCUUUCUGCCGACCCUAAAACGCCCAGCUUCCAAAUAUGCAAGCGAGUCAUCAAUCGUUGCCAGAGCAUCUUGUUCGAUGAUACAUGGGAGCAACAGCAACAGGUCCUGCAAAGCACCUCUGGAAACCAGUCUGCGGAGGCAAGUGUGAGCCUUUCAAUCACUACCAAAGUGACUUCGGGCAAUCUGCUUGGGAGGAUAUAUAAUAGCAUUAGCGGCAGAGAAGAAAAGAUUCACCCAGCCAAUGCACUUACCACCAUUAUUGGCGUGGGAGCCUCCAUCGGCUCCGUUGGCAUGCCGCGCCUAGCGAGUAUUGGCGGACCGGUCGCAAUAUCGCAAGGCCGCAAGCCUCCGGAGGACAUAUUCCGAAGGAUACUCAAGCGCAUUGAAGACGACGGCGACGAAGGAGCAGGCUACGAAGAGGAUGAUGAGCAGAACGAGUUGGAUGAAGAGGAAGAGGAGAAAGAUCAUGCGGUCGAUGGAGAUGGCGCGGAGUUGAAUAGACAUGUUUGCAUUCGGUCGCCGGAAGAAGAUGCGGAUCAUGCAUCGAAGCACGAGCGGAAAGAGAGCGCCGCUUCGGCCAGCAGCCAAGUGCCAGAGCUUCUGAGCAGUGAACUUCUGACAGGACCCUCUUUGGAUGGAUCUGCUGAUCAAAGUCAGCCCGAUCAAGGGAAGUUCCGAAUGGCAGCAGUUGCUGAAACUCCUUCCGAAAAGACUCUCCCAGCACGACCUGCAUGUGCAGCAGACGAAAUCAAUGCAGGGGAGGCAUCAAGUGUCUUGCAAUCCCACCCGCCCGCCUCCCAGAUGCAUCCGCAGCCGCAGCGUUCCCCAAAUCCGUUCGCCACCUUUGCCUCCACGCUGAAUGACUUCAAGGAUCGUGCAGCUGCAGCAGUUGGAGAUGCGAUUGGGCAGCACUUCCAGAUCGUCGCGCCGCCUGCACCAAAGCAGACACGAAUGAGCUUUGGGUCGGAGAGCAGAGCGACUGUCGCAGCUCUCAAGGCGCCCAGAAACAAGGGGAGCAUGGGUAGCAGUAGCAGCACUAGCGUCAAGUCGGACGCGAUACGACGCGCGGCAGCUAACUCGCAAUCAACACCCAAUCUCCCUCGUGGACCGCAUAGUGCGCCAGGUGGUCAAUCCAGGUUUGUAUCUACCGCGGCCUUCAUACAGUACGGUGCAUCUAACUCGCAGUCAACAUCUUCGGUCACAUCGCUCGUUUCGAACUACUCUCCUCAGACGCGCUCUCGACUGUUGCGCGUACACUACAGCCGAACACAGACGGACUUCCUUGCCAUGCUGCAGAACAUUUCUGGCCGAUUGCUCCUGCUGCCAAAGCCCGCGCGUCUGAGUGCACUACGAGCCGAACUGACGGAUCUUAACCACAGCUUACCGAAAGAGGUUUGCUUUCCGCUGUGGUGUCAGUGCAAUAAGGAUGUCUACCGUGGACGACGCCAAUCGAAGGAGCAGACAGCGCAAUCUGCCAAAGCGCCACAAUCAAGGCUGCGGCACCAUCGCGUCGUGCGCAUCAAUCCAAGCGAGGCGGUCGUGCUCAACUCAGCAGAUCGGGUGCCUUAUUUGUUGCACGUCGAAGUGCUCAACAACGAUCUCGAUUUCGACCCCGAUCGACGCUCGAAUAGAGAUGCGGUCAAGAAACUCAUAGCAAAAGAGGAAGAUCACAGACGAAGGUUGUGGCGCCGGGACAUGGCUGAUGACCAAAUUCGCACCAGGUCGCUCGAGGGUUCAGAGCCUUCGAGCCUAAGAGGGCAUCCUGCCACCGUGAUGCACAGCGAAGAUGCCACGCCGGUAAUGGAGAAUAUGCCGCUCGAAGCCCCCCACGCAGCACCUUCAGCUGGUUCACGCGAUCGAUCUCGACACUCGUCGAGCUCAGGCGCGACUCCAACAUCUGGCACUGGCCAUUCAUCGUUUUUGGAGGCGGAGCGCUCGACAGAGAACGAAGCAUCGUUAGGGGACAUCUCUCUGUCCACCUCGGUCAUUACCGCCGCCAACGAGAGCGCAAUCCCGGAGGAUGGAGAAGGAAUUGACUUGACGGAGCAAAUGUAUGGCGCGGACCUUGCCAAGUUCGGCGGUGAGCGCGGCGAUGAUGAUGACAGUGACGAAGACGACCUCACGGUCAUGAACAGGCACCACGACAGCGCAGCAUGGACCGCCUUCCGCUCUCGUGAAGGCAACAUGCAGAAGAGCGGUAAUGGACACGCUCAGCUUCCGGAGUCACCCACAGCGGGCCGAAAGAAUUUUUCGCUGGACGAUUACUCCGAACGGAUGCGCACUGCGGCCAUCAUGCUGGCGCAGCUUAAUCAGUCGACUAACGCAGGUGCACAACCGAUCGUCACGCACAAUCCACACGUCACUGCGACCGCGCAAGGCGGGUGGAGCAGCUGGAUCAUCGGCACCAGCUGGGCUAGCUCGGCUGGCGCGCCGUCCAAAUCUGAGCCGGGCCAGGCAGGCGCCAGUAUCACAGCUCACAACACUGGCAUCACGCCGACUACUCCAAUGACGCCCAAAUCGGCCGUGUCGACGGCAGCUUCAACGGCUCCGCCCAUCACUCCACGCACACCUUCCAUGCAAGUUGGCUGCGGCGCAGGCAACGUGCGGCUAUUGCAUGCAGAUGCGGAAGGCAUCCGGAAGCGCAUCAUGCAAGAAAUGAUGGCCUUGGAAGAGGAGCGCAUGAGUCGCACAAAGGUCAGCGCGCGCACAGCCGUUGGAUCGGGCAUUGAAGACGAAGCGACGGUCAUGCGUGCAGUGAACAAGGAUGAUCCAUCCGCUGCCAUCUUCCGCGAAUCAUGGGCAGCAAAGAAGGCGCGUAUCCGCGCAUCAUCGCCGUAUGGUCACCUUCCAAAUUGGGAUAUCUUCUCCGUCAUCGUCAAGACGGGUGCUGAUCUACGCCAAGAGCAACUCGCCGUGCAGCUCGUCAAUGAGUUUGGCAGAAUUUUUGAGGAGACGAGCAGUCGAUGCUGGGUCCGAUACUUCCGCAUCCUCGUCACCAGCGAGAAUUCCGGCUUAAUGGAAACGAUCACAGACGCUAUUUCCAUUCAUUCGAUCAAAAAGGAAGCGUACUCACAGCAAGUUGGCGGCGAAAGUAUCACCACCUAUAGCUUGUAUGACCAUUUUGUCGUGACAUACGGACACCCGAAUUCAAUCAAGUUCAAACGCGCCCAAGACAGCUUUAUGCAGUCCCUCGCGGGCUACUCUAUCAUUUCAUACCUUUUGCAGAUCAAAGAUCGCCACAAUGGUAACAUUCUCGUCGACGACGAGGGGCACUUGAUCCAUAUCGACUUUGGCUUCAUGCUCGGCAUCUCCCCCGGUGGCGUCGGCUUUGAGGCGGCACCAUUCAAGAUGCCGCAGGAGUACAUCGACAUCCUCGGCGGCAUGGACAGCACCAAGUUCCAAGAGUUCCACGAGCUGAUGCGUCAGGGCUUCAAGGAUGUGCGCAAGCAUGCGGAGCGGAUCAUCAUGAUUGUUGAACUUAUGCAGAAAGAUUCCAAGCUGCCUUGCUUUGCACUAGCCGAAGAAACCGCCUCAAAUUUGCGUAACCGCUUCCAGCUCGCACUCAGUGCCUCGCAGUGUGAUGACUUUGUCGACAAGCUCAUCCUCAACUCGGCAGGCAGCGCCUUCACCCGACUCUACGACCAAUUCCAGUACUAUUCGCAAGGGAUUCUUUGAUGUGUCGCUAUUGUAGCAUAUGCGUAGAUACCAGCAACGCCCAUAAAAGUCAGGGAAAGCUGAGGCCAACGGAUGAUAAGCUUACAAUUACGUAUGUCACAACACGGGGACUCCCCCUACCAGCCGAUGCUAUACAAAAAUCAGAAUCCAGUCGUUGGCCGGAUCUCUCGGCGAAGCGGUGCGUUCAAUAUGAAGUUGC